GCUGACCUGAUGCGGCGGAUGCCACCGCAUAUGCCCCGAUGCCGCGGUCCGAAGAGCAUCUCUUGCAAGGUUCCGUUAUUACCACAACACGUAACCAACGGCAUGACGGCACAACGACAAGGUUUUCUGCAAAGGCGCGAGGCUGGCUUGAAUUUAGAACUCGCCGCCGCAGAAAAGCGGAUAUCGGAGCAUGCCAUGCGACAUCAGAUGAUAGCAGUCUAUCUCUCUGCGUUCAUGCAAAUAAGGAUCAACACGAUUGAACAGGAGGAAAACGAGAGGAACAAAGCCAGAGGGAUACUUACAAGCACGGCUGCACAGUCGGCUGCCUCUCUGUUCAUGUGAUGUAAGAUUGGAGCCUGACACUUUGACAGGAACUUAGUCUGGUCACAUUACAAUAAAAAGGGAGAAUGGGAUGAAAGGAAAGCGAUGUGUGCUCGCGGCUUACUCAGAGGAGGUGCAUUCAAUCAAGUCACUCAGAGCUAUGCGCGGGUAGCAUGCCUCUACCUUGCCACUCUAAUACAAGCCCGACUACUACGGGAACUGCGUGAUUUGAUAUACGACUGCAUCUGGGACGAGGACUAUCUCGGGCUAACAUCGGGCCACAUGUCUCUCGCAUCGAGUGGUAUCUACCUCUGGACAAAACCUCAUCUUCAUCCCAGGGUGGGCCGUAGUACCAAACCCAUCGUCAUAGACCCUGCAUACGUUGACCCGGACAGGGCCCAAGAAGCUCUGGAGCGCUAUUACCGCGCUUCCCCACACCGCAAGGAUGCUUUCUUAGUCGGGUAUUCCGAGCGCUUGCAUACGCUGCUUCACGAUGAUGUAUUCAACCUCAGUGUACUGUCAACAGAGCAUCUACGAGCAAUGGAUUUGCAUCUUACGCAAGACCAAUUUAAACGGGAUACACCGGCAGAAAUCAACGAAGCCAUGUUAAGCACAACGUUCACCCAGCUCACCAAGGGUAUCCUCCGGAAGAAAGACUUCAAACUGCGUAUCACAAUCAUACAAACAGAAAUCCGACUCAAGUAAUGGCACCUACUAUUCCGCAUUCUAGUCCCUUUAUAUCAUGCCUUUCGAGUGGAAGGAGCGGAAGUCAGUGUAUCUUGGGCUUGCACAAGGACGAAGGAUUCGAUGAUUGGGUGCGUGUAUUCGCUUGAUGAGAUCAUUAGGGCGUGGACUCCGUAUCCAGAUUGGGAGAAAAAGGCUAUUGAGUUUCUGCACGGGGAGAGCGAGUUCCCAGAGUGGAAAAGGAAGCACCGUAAUGAGGACGAAGAGGAAGAUG